UCGUUUACCCGCUUCGCCUUGACUGGAAAAACUUCCAAAACCCUAUUCCUUGCAGCAGCAGCAGCAGCAGGAAGAGAAAGGUAAAUCUUUUGAUAUUUCGGUACCUAAAUCAUCCCGAAAAGAUGCCAAUGACAUCGUUUUUGGCCGGCGCAAGAUCAGUUCUCCGAUCAAGUUUUGCUCGCAACGCUGCAGCUGGACUCGCCCCAAAAUCCAGAGCUGCACCAUCGCUGUUUCGUGUCUCCUCAAGGAUUCCUCUCUCCAACUCCAUUUUCAGGUGUCCGGUUGAAGCGAGUCUCGGUUUGCAAUCGGUGCUGCCGUAUCACUCUGCGACUGCUUCGGCUUUGACGAGUUCGAUGCGCUCUGUUUCUCGCCGUGGCUAUGCUUCGCUUUCGGAAGGUAUUGUGAUUUCAAUCUUUUACAUUACUUGCUUUCUGGUUUGUUUAUUAUUGAGCUUCGACGAGAACUGGAUUUGCUACAACUUAGGUGCUUUUCCUUUUUGUUUUGGCUCAUUGGUUCUGCUUAACCUUUUGAGUUCUCUUCUUUGGUCUUGUUGGAUUUCUGAAUGAUUCCUACAUCUCCUGUUGCAAGUUGAAGAGAUUACUUUUUAUACUUUGUGUGCAUUUGAGGAUUGAAAUUUGAAGUAAUAGGAAGGAUCCAUUUGAAAAUCAAGUAUAAAAAUAUACAUCUGUUGUCUGUUUUGUAGUGUCCUUGCAUUCAAUAGAGAAGUAGUGGUUUUAUCAAUUUGUCUGGUAGAAACUUCUCAUUCUUAGCUAUCUAGGAUGUUACUUUGUCGGUCUUUUCCUCGGCUCGAUUUCUGGUAAGUUAGCAUCUCCAAUGUACAUGUUUGUAGUCCUAGGAAAAGUAAAGAAUUUGUUUGUAGAAUCUCGUUCCGUAUAUUCGUUCUUUCAAAUUUCUCGUAUCGUGUUUCGUGGAUUAGCCUCUGAAGGUUCUUUGAUGGGCAUAAAGAAAGCAUCUUGGUAGAAACCACCUAACCAAUAGAACAAGGGUUAGCUGGCGCCAAAAGAAUCACUGGACUUAUUGUUUUCUAGCUUUUGAGCUACGGAUUGCAUGUUUCUUAGACUAGACAUAUUAUGCUUUUUUAUUUAUGAGAAGUGAUUGAAGACAACAUAA